AUGGCUUCGCCUAUGCCUAGUCCCGCUGCUCCGAGACUGGCAGAGGUAUACGACACCUUCGCCGAUAUUGACAUCAUAAACGCCCCUCAGUAUCCGAAGGGACCAAAUAUUCAUACCCAAGUGCAACUUGGCGACAAACUAACCGAAGACAAUGCACUUCUUGCCCGUCGGCUCUGGGAAGGACCCGAUACUCAUCUUGGAGAUGCCUGGAAAGCAAAAACCAACCGACCAUAUCCACGGGAUGAGAAUGAGCCCACAAUCAUGCACGUGCUUGCACACAAUGUCUAUGAGCAUCUGAUGAGCAGCCCGUUUCUUCCAGUCUCGCGUGAAGCUGCCAUUGCCAAUUGGAGAACAGAGAAUCUUGAUGUGACGUACGACGGCAUUCAAGGAUUGAAUGCUUUGCGAGACAACAUCUUCGUCAACGGUGUCAGCCCUCUGAGUGCACGACAAGAGCAUUGGACAAUACCAAAGCUCAAACAAGAGCUUAAUGCUAGAAAGGUUCCUUUCGACGAUAAGUCGAAGAAGGCUGCACUUCAAACGCUUCUUUUCGAGUUUGAACUUGACCAGAAGGUUGGGGCCUUAAAGCGAACUAAGCUCAGCCAUUGGGGUAUCAAUCGUGCGCACACGCACAUCGUCGCACCUGCCAGGAAUGCAGCCCUGUCGGCACUCGAUAUGUACACUGCAGCAAUCAGUUUGAGUCCAUACAAUCCCACAUACUGGACAAGUCGCGCAUAUUGCCAUUAUUUGCAGGGUUUCUUUGAUCUGGCCAUCGGGGACGCCUACCGCGCCCAGCUUCUUUGCGAAGUAUUGACGUUGGCACUCAAAAGGAACCUACGCCCGGGGCUCUACACCCGGGUCUGGGACGCAAUUCAAAUGCAUCUCAUGGCAGGGUGGAAAAGUGGCAGCAACGCACCCCCGGAGAUCCUUCAAAUGAGGAGGGCCAAUGGUAUCAACUAUUUCAUUCCAACGCUGAGAAGUGCAUUUGACAACAUCAUCUGUCUCAGUCUUGCAGCAAUGAACUGCUGGGAUGAUUUUAAUAUCUACAUGGAAGAACACCUCAGAAGAGGCCUCUUGGCCCAACGUGAAGCUGACACUCCCAUCCAACGCAAGAAAGCAGUCCAGUGUAUCAUAAAUGAGAUCAACGAACGAAGGACCCAGCCCUCUGCGGGACGCCAGCCUCUUUAUGGGCACGAGUGGAUGCGAGGAUGGGUUUCAGGCGGGACGCGAUAUCCCUACGAGCCCACAGAUGUGAAUCGCGAAGCUGCGCCAUUCCUGGCGACAUUGAACAGGAAUGUGUUUACCGUUAGCGCACAUGCCACUGUGGACAAGGGCUUGUGCGAGGUGAGGCCAAAAAUACUCUCAGAUAAUACUUCCAAUGGGUUGGGGGUUUUCGCCACUACCAAGAUUGCAGCAGGAACUGUUAUUCAUUAUGAAGAGCCCGUUAUCCGUGGACAUCUCCAGCCUAAUAUCUUGGCAGAUGGCCAAACAUCAGCCGCGCACACCAUAUCACGUUGUGAUAACUGCAAGCAGCCAAUUCCAAAAGAGCAACUGAAACACAUCAUUGACAACCUGGAACUCAUAAGAAAUCCAGAGAAAGACACAGCAGGAAGUCAUCCUCUGCCUUGUCCAUGCCUGAACCUGAUAAACCCACUCAAGGAUGAUCUUCGAAACGACGGUCAGCCUCCUGCUCAGUUUUGUGCCGACAACCAGAGAAAGGAUGCGGCUGGCAACGCCAUGCCCUGCAGGCAGAUAGCGUCAGAGAUAUAUGCGUUCUCAGAGUUCAAGGAUAUCAAAUGGGACUGGCUACACAAUGCCAUGCGAGCUAAUAUAACAAGACAUGCUAAUAGAGAUCACUUCUCAGCUCACCAUGAGAAACACGGCACUGUGCUGAGUCUAUUGCUGAAAAGUGUACUUGAGAUCACUCUACAUCGCCGCCACAGAGAUCCCGAUAUUCAGCCACAUGAGAUUGACGAACUACUGAUACUUGAGAACGGAGCUGAUUCCAACCAGCCAUGGACAGACAGUUGGUUCCCCUUCACCAUGUCCGGCAACAUUCGCGUACCGUUUGACAUCCUCUCUGCGCUUGGAAUUGACAUUUUCCGAGAUCUCGCAUUCGACACAUGGUCCCUUCAAAUCGUGCUCCGGAAGUUGCUCAUCAAUGCUGUGCCUUGGGAUCUUGCACGGCGAGCCAAACAAGACAUGUACACCAAACAUGAUGGGCUCAAGAACGUGCCCCGGGGGAAUGAACAAGUGAAAAUGAAAAAGGGAAAGGAAGACUUUGCAUGGCUAGAGCCAUCUCUUUCGGAUCUCUAUCUCUUCCCUGGACUGAGCAUGUUCAAUCAUGCUUGUCGCCUAAGCGAGAAUGCAACCUGGGGAUUCCACUCUACUGUUCUAAAUCGGGUGGUUGUCUACGCAACCAAGGCUAUCGCUGCAGAUGAGGAAAUUCGAAUCCCAUAUGUGAAUCUGGAUUUCCCUGGUGCACGAGGCGGUGCGAAUGUCGGUGAGGCGGUGCGACUUUUUGGGAAGAACUGCGACUGCGAGGGGUGCGCAGGCGCUGCAGCUGGGGAUGGGGCCGCUGUCGCAAUGAAAGGAGCUCCGGACCCAGCUCCAGGCCCAGCUGCACCACCUGGCCUUGGUGGACUUCUAUUCGCUGGUACUGGCUUCCCACCUAGAGCUGAGUUCCAACCUGGAGCUAGCCCUGUACUCGGAGCUGGGCCUAGGCCUGUGUUUGGAGCUGGUGCUAGCCCUGCUGCCAGGGGUAUGCUGAACAGAGGAGGUGAUGGUAUGGCAGGUGAGGUCGCAUCCUCGGACGAGGAAAUGGAAGAUUACGAGACGAAAGAGUCUCCAGGGCUGGGAUGA